CGAUUUUAGACAAUUUGUAUUUCCUCCGCAAACAAUGUUAUUUUGGAAUUCGCAUAUUUAUUUUUGACUAACUUAUAUUAGUUGUAUUUUUUUAAUGAAUUUCUCGAACCUCAAUUACUGUAGCUGUUGUAUUUUUAUAUACAUUUCCCUUGAGUUAUAUGAAUUGUUUUAUUGCUUAUUUAGUUGUUAGCAGCACUUGUAUAAUUUUUAUUAAAAAUAGCAUAAUAAUUGCCUUUUUUGUAAACUUACUAACUGCUUGUCUAUUUUUAGACUAUGGAAGUUUCACAUAUUAACUUGUUUUCCUUCCAUAAGUAUUUGUUGUUAAACUAUUGUAAAAACAAAAAUGGAUUAUUUUUCCAAAUUUAACAAAAAUAUAUAUUUUUUCAUUGAAAAAUCUGAAAGUGUGUUUGGUAUUUCGAGUUUUUGUAACGAUGGCAAAGGUAGAAUUGGUUCCAGACAAAUUUUUAGUUAACUCUAAUGGACUGCGAAUAUUACGGCAUUCUCUCCAUAAUUCAGUAAGCGAAGGUACAUAUAAAAAAAACAAGAAAAAACUUGAGCUUCGGUUGCUUGGCCGUAAACUACUAUAGUGUUCCGAUCUGAACAAUCACUUCAUAGAUUAUACCGUUGCCUUGGACAAUAAUCCAUGUCAAAUUUCAUGAAGUUAUCAUGUUAAAUAGAAUGGUUUUCCAUACAAAGGCUGGAUUUAUAUCGGUUGCUGUUGUUGUUUGUUAGACAGCUAUAUGCUAAAGUAGUCCGAUACAGGCGGUCGGACAGUUUGUAUGGCAGCUAUAUGCUAUAAUGGUCUGAUAUAUAUUUUAUAGAGUCUCCGGGGUUUCUUCUUGGCGUUCUCCUGUACAGGAUUUAAAAGUUUGAAUAUAAAACUGAUUAAAUAUAUUUUAAGAAAACAUGUUCAAAAAUUUCUUUUUAUUUCUUUUUCUUAGUUCAGUUUUCGCUUGAUAUACCAUUAACAGCUAUAUCAGAGAAUGUAAAAUAUCUGCAUUCUCUGCCUAUAUCAUGGUAUAUGUCGUAAGAGCAAAAUUUCAAUAGAAUGGCAACACCACAUAUGGCUGACGUCUCACAAUUGUCACUGAUACAGCUGGUGGAAUUGUCUGAUUAUCUGGUUAUCUGGUCUUUCCCGAUUUCCUGCGUUUUGCGUGUAGCGAUUUCUGCACAAAUUGUUGCUAAAUUGUGCAAAAUAUCGCUCCAAUUUUAUUUAGCACUGUGGUAAUGUUAACUUAUAUAAAUAGUGAGUAACGUUGUCAUUUAAAGUGCUACUAAAAUUGUGUAGAACAAAAAUUCGGUUAAAUUUGCUGUCGGGUAAUCCAGUUCAAUAGUACACAUAUUCAUCGUGUGCGUUUAUUUGUUGCUAGUGAAAGCAUAACAUAUACAAAAAAAAAAAAAUAGUUGAAAAAGAGCGCAAAGGCAUAAAUAUGAGCCAAUUCACCGAUAUUUUGGAGCGUGAAUUUCCAGCCAUUGACAAUGAGCUAAAGGAUUACGUGGAGGGUGUGUUAUGUGGUAGUUUGGAAGAUUUUGAGUCAUGCGAUGACAUAUUCGAAGCUGUUGGUGAUAUUCUGCAAAGCAUUGAUAUGGAAAAAUCUGAGGAGAACAUAAGAGACCUUUGUGAUGAGUUUUUUAACAUAAUUAAAAAGAAUACAAAAAAUGAGGUACGUAAAGUAUUAAAUGCUCCCGUAAAUAUUGCUGCUAUGGCCAAAGAGAUGGAAAAUGUUGAUAAGAAUAUGCAAAGCAUAUGGCUAACUACGAAGGAUGGUGGAUCGAAAGUGAACAGCAAAAAGCUAGAGAAAGCCGAAGCAAAGCUACAGCAAAAGCAGGAAAAGCGGCAGGAUGUUGUGAAAUCAACUGUUGCUGCACCAGUCAAACUGCAAACUGCCACAGCCUCACAAGUGCUGAGUAAGAAAAAUACAAAAAUGGAGCUAAAAGGCACAAAUCGGUCAAUGGAUAUAAAAAUAGAGAAUUUCGAUUUGGCAUUUGGUGAUAAAGUUUUGCUGCAAAAUGCCAAUUUAUUGCUGUCCUUGGGUCGUCGAUACGGCCUUGUCGGCCGUAAUGGUCUGGGUAAAACCACACUUCUACGUAUGAUUUCAGACCGUCAACUGGCGAUACCCUCGCACAUCAGCGUAUUGCAUGUGGAACAAGAAGUAGUUGGUAACGAUACAAAAGCCGUUGAUAGUGUCUUGGAAUGUGACCUUGAACGUAAUCGUUUGUUAACACGCGAAAAGGAAAUACUUGCCACUUUAAAUAGUGGCGUACAGGACACGAAGUUAAGUACAGAGUUGAAUGAAGUAUACGCACAGUUGCAGAAUAUUGAAGCUGAUAAGGCGGUGGCACGAGCUUCUGUUAUAUUGCGUGGUCUUGGUUUCGAUGCUGAUAUGCAACAAAGACCAACUAAAUCAUUUUCCGGUGGUUGGCGCAUGCGUUUGGCCUUAGCCCGUGCACUUUUUUCCAAACCUGAUCUACUACUGCUCGAUGAACCGACCAACAUGUUGGAUAUAAAAGCCAUUAUAUGGCUUGAAAAUUAUCUGCAAUCUUGGCCGACAACAUUGUUAGUUGUUUCUCACGAUCGUAACUUUUUGGAAACUGUUCCAACCGAUAUCAUACAUCUACAUUCCCAGGCGCUUGAGGCUUACAAAGGUAAUUAUGAGCAGUUUGAGAAGACAAAGACCGAGAAAUUGAAGGCACAACGACGCGAAUACGAAGCACAAAUGGCACACCGCGCGCAUGUGCAAGAGUUUAUCGACCGAUUCCGUUACAAUGCAAAUCGUGCAUCUUCGGUACAGUCAAAAAUCAAAAUGUUGGAAAAGCUACCCGAAUUGAAGCCUGUCGAAAAGGAAGUUGAGGUUAAACUGAAAUUCCCUGAUGUUGAACCAUUAAAUCCCCCGGUCCUAGCUUUAUCAGAAAUCGAAUUUAGAUACAAAGACACAGAUCCAUUACCCGUUUUUAAAAAUGUGAAUCUAUCAGCAACUUCAGAUUCGAGAAUAUGUAUUGUAGGAGAAAAUGGCGCCGGUAAAACCACACUUCUUAAAAUUAUUGUUGGUCAAUUGACUACAAUACAUGGCAAUAUUAUCUCGCAUCGUGGUCUGCGAAUCGGCUACUUUGCGCAACAUCAUGUUGAUCACCUAAAUAUGAAUACUACUUGUGUGGGUGUAUUGGCAGAACUUUUCCCAGGACGGCCAGAUGAGGAAUAUCGUCGGCAAUUGGGCAGUUUUGGCAUAUCAGGGCAAUUAGCGUUGCAAAGCAUUGCUAGUUUGUCGGGAGGACAGAAAUCUCGUGUUGCUUUAGCAAAAAUGUGCAUGGCCGAUCCUAACUUUUUAGUGCUUGAUGAACCCACAAAUCACUUGGAUAUUGAGACCAUUGAUGCCUUAGGUCGUGCGAUUAAUGCAUUUAAGGGCGGUGUAAUAUUAGUAUCUCACGACGAACGUCUCAUUAAGGUGGUGUGCAAAGAAUUGUGGGUGUGCGGCAAUCGUACAGUACGCGGCAUGGAGGGCGGCCUGGAUGAAUACAAACGUGAAGUUUACAAAGAAAUUGAAGCAGCAAAUAGUUAAAUUAAAUUGUAGCGCAAAUCUCUAUUUUGUAUUCGUUCUAAUUGUAAUUUAUGCGCGUGCACUGUAAAAGUAAACUACUUUGAUAUUGAUUUUACAAUUGCAUAUAAAUGAUUAAAAUAAAAAAAUAUGGAAAAAAAUAUAAUAUCAUUAUGCGUUAA